UAUCUAGUUAGACUGAAAUGCUUUUUUCCAAUUCAAUCAUUUAUCUCCCCUCUCAAACAACAACGUUCUGAUUUUUUAAUGACUGAAUGAACUGGCAAGGCAUCUUUGCUUGGAUUAUAAGGCUCCCUUUUUAAGCUAGCCCUCCCACUUUAUUGUCCACUUAGGAAUUCAGGCUUUCUCACUUUUGCUGCUCGGCUGAGUUUUGUUUGGUUUUGUUUUUGUUUUGAGGAACCUCGCCGGUACUAGAGAGAUUUAGUUUGCGACAAUGGGAAGACAACCUUGUUGUGACAAGGUCGGACUGAAACGAGGACCAUGGACUAUCGAGGAAGAUCACAAGCUCAUGAAUUUUCUCAACAAUGGCAUCCAUUGCUGGAGAAUGGUACCUAAACUUGCAGGGUUGCUGAGAUGUGGUAAAAGCUGCAGGUUAAGAUGGAUCAAUUAUCUAAGACCAGACCUUAAGCGAGGUGCUUUUACUGAAACUGAAGAGAAUGAAAUGAUUCAACUCCAUUCAUGUCUUGGUAACAGGUGGUCUAAGAUUGCUUCACAUUUUCCUGGUCGGACUGAUAACGAAAUCAAGAACCACUGGAAUACCAGAAUCAAGAAGAGGUUAAAGCACCUUGGCGUAGACGCUUUGACCCACAAACCAAUUGAGGAAAAAGAAAGCACUGAAGAAAAUAAAGAGACAAUUACUCUACACUCAAACAUUACUUCUUCAUCGUCGGAAGAAGGACUACACGAGUCACCAAGCAAUGGCUUGGAGGCUAAGAUACUGCAGGAUAGUUAUGGAAAUGAAGGGUUUCCAGAAUCAGAUGAGAAAUUGCAGAAUGAGGUUCAGUUAGCCCCGUUGGAUGACACGAACGAUAUCUUGAAAAAUUAUGAAGUUUUUUGUGGAAGCUUGGAUUUGGGAACAUUGAAGUUGAACCAAGGAAUUACCAACACCAGCAGCAUGUCUAAUUCGUAUAGUACUUCUUCGUUUUCGAUCGAAGAUUCUAACAACGCUUCGAUUUCAAUAGCGGAAUCCAUGCAGGAAAAUUGUCGGCAACAUUGGGGUUGACACAGUCGAUUCCAUGCUGCCAUGGGAUGGUUUCAAUAAUCUCGAGCAAGACCUUUUUUUCUUUUGAUCAAAACCGCCAUUGAUGAACAUUAUUUCCCAUCACUCAAGCUACAAAAUUGUUGCAACAGUUAAAUCAGAUGAUAUGAUGAUUUUGAUUGAGAGUAUUGCAUUAAUCAAAUAUGAAAUUUCUAA